AGAAGAAGAAGAAGACGAAGAAGACGAAGAAGGAGAAUUACAGUCAGGUUACAAAACCAAAGCUGAGCUUCGUAAAAACACUUGAAACAGUCCGGGCUUGGGCUACUGUUGCGUCUCGGCGAAUGGGGUUUGACAAGUUCUGCAGUCUGGACAGUUCCGAUCCAUUUUGGGAUUGGAACCGUACAUGGUACACUGCUAACCCCGACCUCACCCAGUGCUUCCAGAACACUGUCCUGGUGUGGCUGCCAUGCCUCUACCUUUGGAUGUGUGCUCCCAUCUACCUCAUCUACCUCCGCAGCCACGACCAUGGCUACAUAUGUAUGAGUCACCUCAACAAAGCUAAAACCGCUGUUGGCCUUCUGCUGUGGAUUAUCUGCUGGUCAGAUGUGUUCUAUUCUUUCUGGGAAAGAAGUCAUGGCACCAGCGUCCCCGCACUCGUCCACCACGUCAGUCCUACCUUACUGGGCCUCACCAUGUUGCUGGCCACCCUGGUAAUCCAGUAUGAACGGAUGAAAGGGGUUCAGUCAUCUGGAGUCAUGCUGAUCUACUGGCUGCUGGCAUUGCUGUGUGCCACAGUCACCUUUAGGUCCAAGAUCUUCCAGGCCCUGGAACAGCCGUUGACGGUAAAUGUGUGGAGGUACGCCACCUUCUAUAUCUUCUAUGCUCUGCUGCUGAUUUCACUGUUCCUGUCCUGCCUGACGGACCAGCCCCCCCUCUUCUCCCAGGCCAUCAAAGACUCGAAUCCCUGCCCUGAGCCUGGAGCUUCUUUCCUCUCUAGAAUAACCUUCUGGUGGAUCACCAGGAUGAUGGUGACAGGCUACAAACGCCCACUGGAGGACAAGGACCUGUGGUCUUUGAACUCGGAGGACCGCUCCCAGAGAGUGGUUCCUCAGCUGGUGCGCCGCUGGAACACAGAGUGCCAAAAGAUCAAAAGGACCGAGCAGAAAACGGUGUACUCCCCCAAGCGGGUCACGCACACUGAGGGCAAAGAGGGCCAAGCUGUUGAAGAGUCUGAAAUCUUGAUUGUAAAAAAAACCCAGAAAACCAAGGAGCCCUCGCUGUUCUGGGCACUGUGCCUAACCUUUGGGCCCUACUUCCUCAUCUCCUGCCUCUAUAAGAUCAUCCAGGACGUCCUCAUGUUCGUCGGGCCUGAGAUCCUCCGGCUGCUGAUCGGCUUCGUCAAUGACUCCAGCGCCCCCUCCUGGCAGGGUUACUUCUACACCGCUCUGCUCUUCAUAUGUACCUGUGUGCAGUCGCUCAUCCUCCAGAAGUACUUCCACGUUUGCUUUGUCUCAGGCAUGCGUCUGCGCACUGCCAUCAUCGGCGCCGUCUACAGGAAGGCCUUGGUUAUAAGCAGCGCGGCGCGCCGCACCUCCACGGUGGGAGAGAUCGUCAACCUGAUGUCAGUGGACGCCCAGCGCUUCAUGGACCUCAUCACCUACAUCAACAUGAUCUGGUCGGCCCCUCUGCAGGUGGUGCUGGCCCUCUACUUUCUCUGGCAGAACCUGGGUCCGUCCGUGCUGGCUGGAGUGGCUGUGAUGGUUCUGAUGGUUCCUAUUAAUGCUGUCAUCGCCAUGAAAACCAAAACCUACCAGGUGGCUCAGAUGAAGAGCAAAGACAACCGCAUUAAGCUGAUGAACGAGAUGCUGAACGGCAUCAAGGUGCUGAAGCUGUACGCCUGGGAGCUGGCCUUCAAGGACAAGGUGUCGGAAAUCCGCGAGAGUGAGCUGCGGGUCCUGAAGAAGGCCGCCUACCUGGGGGCCGUGUCCACCUUCACCUGGAUCUGUGCACCGUUCCUGGUCGCCCUGUCCACGUUCUCCGUGUUCGUGCUGAUUGACGAGCGUAACGUGCUGGAUGCCGAGAAGGCCUUUGUGUCACUGGCGCUCUUCAACAUCCUGCGCUUUCCUCUCAACAUGCUGCCAAUGGUCAUCAGCAGCAUGGUGCAGGCCAGUGUUUCCUUGAAGCGGCUCAGAGUGUUUCUGUCCCACGAGGAGCUGCAGGAGGACAGUGUCGAGCACAAAGCAGUAGCAGGCUCCACACACAGUAUCUCCAUAGUGGAUGGAGUUUUCAGCUGGUCCAGAGCUGAACCCCCGGCACUCAGCGGGCUGAAUGUGUGCGUCCCAGAAGGCUCUCUGGUGGCCGUGGUGGGACACGUGGGCUCGGGAAAGUCCUCGCUGCUCUCCGCCCUGCUCGGAGAGAUGGACAAACUGGAAGGAAGCGUGGCUGUCAAGGGUUCGGUGGCCUACGUUUCCCAGCAGGCCUGGAUCCAGAACUCCACCCUGAAAGACAACAUCAUGUUUGGUCAGGAGAGGAGGGAGAACUGGUACCAGCGUGUGGUGGAGGCCUGCGCCCUGCAGCCGGACCUGGAGAUCCUUCCUGCCGGAGACGAGACGGAGAUCGGAGAGAAGGGCGUGAAUCUGUCUGGAGGUCAGAAGCAGAGGGUGAGCCUGGCCAGGGCGGUCUAUUGUGACCGGGGCGUCUACCUGCUGGACGACCCGCUGUCUGCCGUCGACGCUCACGUAGGAAAACAUAUCUUUGAUCAAGUCAUCGGCCCUCAGGGCCUGCUGAAGGACAAGACUCGUGUGCUGGUGACCCAUGGGCUGAGCUACCUGCCCCAGGCCGACCUGAUCCUGGUCCUGGUGGAGGGCCAGAUCACAGAGAUGGGCUCCUACCAGCAUCUCAUGGCCACCCAGGGAGCCUUCGCCGAGUUUCUGCGGACAUACGCUGCCGUCGAGCACACUGACAACGACGAACCUGUGCCAAAGAGUGGAACCAAAGGAAUGGAGAACGGCAGCGCAACUGCUCUUGCUGGCAGUCCGGGUGUCAGCAGCGUGUCCAAACUGUCCCCGACGGCUGAGGAGAACAAGGUGCUGGGCAAGAAAGCCAAGGACCCCGAGGUGGGCAAGCUGAUGGAGGCUGAUAAGGCCGGCACUGGACAGGUCAAGCUGUCUGUGUUCUGGGCGUAUCUGAAAGCCAUCGGAGUGCUUUUGUCCUGCAUCAGUCUGCUGCUGUUCCUCGCCCAUCACCUGGCCUCGCUGUUCUCCAACUACUGGCUGAGCCUGUGGACCGACGACCCCGUGGUCAACGGCACUCAGCCGAACAGACAGAUGAGACUCGGGGUGUACGGGGCUCUCGGCCUGUCCCAGGGUGUGGCAGUCUUUGGCUACUCCCUGUCCACGUCCAUCGGGGGCAUCCUGGCGUCCCGCUGCCUCCACCAGUCCAUGCUGUACGACGUCCUGCGCUCACCCAUGUCCUUUUUUGAGCGAACCCCCAGCGGCAACCUGGUCAACCGCUUCGCCAAGGAGAUGGAUACCAUUGACUCCGUGAUCCCCAGCAUUAUUAAGAUGUUCAUGGGCUCGAUGUUUAACGUGAUGGGUGCUUGUGUUAUCAUCCUGAUGGCCACGCCGCUGUUGGCUAUCAUCAUUCCUGUUCUCGGCCUGCUUUACUUUUUUGUGCAGAGGUUUUAUGUGGCGUCAUCUCGCCAGCUGAAGCGCCUGGAGUCAGUCAGCCGUUCACCCAUCUACACCCACUUCAACGAAACACUGCUGGGCACCUCCGUCAUUCGAGCCUUCGGUGAACAGGAGCGCUUCAUCCGAGAGAGUGACCAGCGGGUGGACCACAACCAGAAGGCCUACUACCCCAGCAUAGUAGCAAACCGGUGGCUGGCUGUCCGCCUGGAGUUUGUAGGAAACUGCAUUGUGUCAUUCGCUGCUUUGUUUGCCGUCAUAGCCAGAGAGAGCCUGAGUCCAGGCAUCAUGGGGCUGUCUAUCUCCUACGCCCUUCAGCUGACUGCGUCUCUGACCUGGCUGGUGAGGAUGUCCUCUGAUGUGGAGACCAACAUAGUGGCUGUGGAGAGAGUCAAGGAGUACAGUGACACGGAGAAAGAGGCGGAGUGGAAGCACGAGCCCUCCAGCCUCCCCCCGGGGUGGCCCACGGACGGCUGCAUCGACAUCAGAGGCUUGGGCCUGCGCUACCGCCCCGAUCUGGAUCUCGCCAUCCACAACAUCACCAUCAACAUAAACAAAGGAGAGAAGGUCAGCCUUCACAUCACUGCGCUGAAGCCAGUCUCUGUGUUCGGGGCGGGGAAAUCCUCCCUGAUGCUGGGGCUGUUCCGGAUCAUCGAGGCAGCUGAGGGCCACAUCUUCAUUGAUGGGGUGGACAUUGCUCAGCUGGGCCUCCAUGAACUGCGUUCCAGAAUCACCAUCAUACCACAGGACCCAGUGCUGUUUUCCGGCUCUCUGAGGAUGAACCUGGAUCCUUUUGACAGCUACUCUGACGAGGGAGUAUGGAGGGCUCUGGAGUAUUCCCAUCUCAAGAGCUUUGUGUCCGGCCUGCCAAACAAACUCAACCACGAGUGUAGUGAAGGAGGAGAGAACCUCAGUGUGGGUCAGCGCCAGCUGCUGUGCCUGGCCAGAGCUCUGCUGAGGAAGACCAAGAUCCUGGUUCUAGACGAGGCCACAGCCGCCGUGGACAUGGAGACAGACAACCUGAUCCAGUCCACCAUCCGCUCUCAGUUUGAGGACUGCACCGUCCUAACAAUAGCUCACCGCCUCAACACCAUCAUGGACUACACCAGGGUCCUGGUGUUGGACAAGGGAGAGAUGGCCGAGUUUGACUCUCCCUCCAACCUCAUCGCUCAGAGAGGAGCCUUUUACAAGAUGGCCAAGGACGCUGGGCUGGUGUGAAGCAGGCGGAGGGGGGGCCUCCCUUUGUUCGGCUGCUCCUCUGAGCCCCCGCCAGCUCCUCUGCUCGCCGCUGUGGACGUCCCAGUUACAGACUGAGAUGCAGAUACAGUAGGGGAAAUGUUAAGAUUUAGAGUGUUUUGACUAUUUAAGCAAGUUUGUUGAUGAAGAACGGGUUUGAUUUGACCCGCUCUACCAUCCACAGUCCUCAUUUAACUCCCCCCCC